ACUAUCGUUUAUUUUAUUUUGAUUCUUAGUUUUUGAGGUUAGCUUUUGUAUUUCUCAAUCAAAAACUAUCCGCACAUGUUUCGUCAAACAUGAUGUCCAAAGAUUCUUUAUUCUCUAAAUACGAAAAGAAUUUUGUUUAUAAAUCUGUAACGAUCAGGAAGCGAAUAGAUGGCAGAGGUGCUGAUGAGUAUCGAAAGCUGGACAUUGCGUAUGGGAAGGAAUGGGGUUCAUGCAUUGUAUCACUUGGCGAAACAAAAGUAUUGGCAACAGUGACAUGCGACGUGCAAGAACCCAAAGCCACACGUCCAAGUGAAGGCUUGCUGUUCAUGAAUGUUGAAAUCAGUCCGAUGGCCAUUCCCAAUAUAGAGCAGAGCACGCUCAGCGAAAUGCACACAAAUUUGAGUCGUCUGCUGGAAAAGUGCAUAAAAGAAUCGCAUUGUGUCGAUCUGGAAGCACUCUGCAUAGUUGCUGAAGAAAAGGUGUGGAACGUGCGCGUGGACAUGGUGGUGUUGAACCAUGAGGGCAACCUGGUCGGCUGCUGCUCGGUGGCCGCCCUGUCCGCAUUGGCGCACUUCCGGCGACCGGAUGUCACCGUGGACGGCCACACAGUCAUCGUACACGACCCGGCCGAACGCGAGCUGGUGCCGCUCAGUCUGCACCACUAUCCGGUCGCCAUCGAGUAUGCCAUCUUCGAGGACGGUGACGUGCUGAUCCUAUCUGACCCAACGGAAAUAGAGGAGCGAACCGCCCAGGCCCAGCUGGUUUUGGGGAUGAACGCUUACAGGGAGCUGUGUGGCAUGCAUCUGAUGGGCAGCGCUCUGUUGUCUCCCGAUGUCAUCAUCAAUUGCUCCCGGAAGGCGGCAGAACAGGCGCUCGUUUUGGUCACAGCUAUCAAGAAGGCGGUCGAGGAAGACCAGAAACAGAGGGAUGCGAAUCAGCCAUCAUGUCUGGUGCAGAGAAUAAGAAUGGACCAAGAACUGCCAGGCUCACAGAGUCGCUCUAUGCUUCCGUUGAAUAGAGAGGAGGUGAGGGAGAGAGUGACGGAGAUAAUAGAGCAAGUACAAUCGACAAAGAUAACAAAGUCCUCGAAAGAUGACGAUGGUGAUGAUGAUGUUGUUAUUCUUUCUGAUGAUGAAGUCGAAGUUGUAAGGAAAUCAGGUCCAAGAUCCGCUGAAACUUUCUCAAAAAAGAAGAACGAGCAAAAUCCUUGGAAAAGCGUUUCAGGAGCUGAUAGUAAGAAAGAUGCUGACGCAGUGAAAAAAGAAGAGACAAAGACAGAGUCCAGUGAGAAAAUGGUUGAAGAUGUUCUGUCGUCAGACGAAGAUGAUGUUGCGCUUGUGAGAGAGUUCACUACUGAGGAUAGGAUCAUCGGUAUGAUUGAGCUGAGUGGAGAUAGCGAAGAAGAAGAAAUUGUAACAAUGAGGCCUAAAGAUUUAGAAGCAGUUGAAGAUAAGAGGAAAGGAAAAAUCAAGCAAGAGGAGGACAAAGUAUGAUGAAAGUGAAUAUUUUUGGAAAUCUAUGAAACUAAUUGAAGGGAAUCAUUGGACGUGAGACAUGCAAUACAUUAUUUCUCUUGUAGAGAGGGUAUGUUGUAUCAACAUUCCACUAACAACCAACUUUAAUUUGCAUUCUAUAAAUAAUUCAACUUCCAUCAGCAACUAUGGAAAUCCUUCCAGGAUAUUCAUCCUGCCCGCCAAACGUAUUGGACAGUAUCAGUGAAAACUUAUUGUAAAAUAGUAGAUUAAAUUAUUUUUAAUAAAAUUAAAAUACAUGGAACACAA